AUGAUAACCAGAUCGAGGAAAUUGAAGCGCAAGCUCGAGUUAGAGCCACCUCCGGUCAUCGUCACUAAGAAGCAUAGGCAGAAGUUGCCUCGCCGGCGAAGGCAAAACUUCUCUCCUGUUCUUCUAGUCAGUGACUCUUGCCAGAAUCCUCGUUUCUCCGUGGAUUCCAGUUCCGGUUCUGACUUUGCUGCAGGCGGUGCUUCUUGCAACUCCAGCAGAGCUUCCAUAGCCGGCAAGGGAAACAGGAACUCAAGAAAUGAAUCAUCGAUCGAUUCAAUGAGAAAUCAGAGGUUCGAGAAACGAGAUGAGAACGAAGUGGAGGUGUCGGAGUCUUCGUGCGCGGACUCCAAUUCGUUUGCUCAAGAUCGAAGCAGGAGGUCAAUUCUGAAGUUCAAAAGCGGAAGAGAAUAUAAUAAUCUGAGAGGAGAAGAUGACGUUUCGGAAGUUUGCAUAAAAUCGGAUAUUACUGGUAUUCUGAAGUUGAACAGCAGAAGCCAGAGUAAGAACGUAGAAAAAAAUGACGACGUUUCGUGCGGGAAAUCAGAGAUAACUUGCGAGGAACAGUUCAAUUUGAAGUCCUCCAGUGGAAACGGAAACAUGAAAAUCUCUUCGGAGUCAAACGGAAACGACGUCGCAUCGUUUAGUUCCUUUGUUCGCGCGUCGCUAGAGGAGGAAAAGAAUAGCAGCAAGGAAAACAGAGCGUUGGAAUGUGAAUACUCUGCAGGCUCUAAAAAUCUCCAUGCGGAAGAGAAUUGCGGGGAUUUAGUAGUGCAAUCGAUGACGAGGCAGGAAUCGGAAAAUUACGACGUCGUGGACCUCACUUGCUCUGAGGAACUGCGUUUCUCAUACUGUGACGACGAUGACGAAUCGGAAUAUUGUUCCAGUCAGGGAACUGUGUUCUCUGAAUUUCAUUCUGAGAUUUUCGGUGAAUGCUCGCAGCAGGAGCUUUCGGAUUACACUCCGUCGCUGUUCGUGGAUUCUGGAAGCCAGUUUUCCGAGGGAUCCGACGGAGAAACUUCUUCACCAACGUAUUUGUUGUUCCUUCAGUAUCGCAAGGAGUUCACGACUCUAACUUCCGCUUCUCCAGUGGUGAACUCUUCUUCAAGUGACGAAGAUGAAGCUGAUUUUGUAAGAUUCGAAGAUUCUGAUGACGAAGACAGCUACCAGAUGCUGAGGAAGAGGGAGAGGAAGCAAGGUUUUGUGUCGAAUUAUGGUGAAAGAUAUUUCUCUACCACUGAAUUCGGAGAGACCGUGCUUGAGCAACGUGCGCAAAUGGUUCACUGGAUCGUUGAGCAAUCUUGUCGAAAACAGCUUCGGCAAGAGACGAUUUUUCUUGGCGUCAACCUACUUGACCGUUUCCUAAACAAAGGAUACUUCAAAGUCCAAAAACGCCUUCAAAUUGUUGGAAUAGCUUGCCUCACGUUAGCAACCAGGAUCGAAGAAAAUCAGCAAUACAACAGGGUGGGGCAAAGCAAUUUCAACAUAGGAAACAAUAGGUACAGUAGAGGCGAGGUGGUAGCUAUGGAAUGGAUGGUGCAGGAGGUGCUCAAGUUUCAGUGCUUUCGGCCUACCAUCUACAAUUUCUUGUGCUUUUACCUAAAAGCAGCCAAUGCUGAUGCAGUCAUUGAGAAGAGGGUCAAGUAUCUGGCAGUGCUGACACUGUCAUCUCAUGAGCAACUGUGUUACUGGCCUUCAACAGUUGCUGCAGCACUUGUAGUCCUGGCUGGUCUUGAAUUCAAUCAAAGUUCACCGCUCAAAGUAAUCGGGAUCCACGUUAGAUCAAAAGAUGAGAAUUUGUACGAGUGCAUAGAGAGCCUGGAAACGCUGUUACGCUGUAUAGGAUAACGCACUAGUUAGAGAGGAGGCAUAAGGCAUUGGCCAUACACCUCAGUAUGGUGGCAAUUGUUCCUAACCA